AUGGCAUCCACGCUACGAGCAUCCGCUUCUAGCGGCAGAAACACCCUGACCGCAAGGCUAACGAACACGACUUCUAGGCCCCAAUCAGGUAGCAGGUCGCGUCCCAGAACCGUGGCAACAUCCACCAGCUACAGUGACAAUGAAAUCAUUUGUGCAAUCUGCGAGUCCCGAGGCGUAUCUCCUACCAUCGGCCUCUCCUUUGUCAAUAUUUCCACUUCUGAAGCAGUCCUCUGCCAGUUCACUGACACGCAAACCUACGCUCGCACGUGCCACAAGAUCAGAGUCUUCGCCCCCUCCGAGAUCAUUUACAUGAAGACUGCUGAAGAUUCGAAACUCAUUUCGAUUGUUGCCGAGAACCUCGAAGUACAAAAGUUUGACAUCGCCAUGACCGGUAUCGAGCGUAGAUACUGGUCUGAAACUAGUGGUCAUGACUAUGUGCAUCAACUGGCGUUCCCGGACGAUCUGGAGUCGUUGAAGUUGUCUGUUGCCGGAAACUACUUUGCAACAUGCUGUUUUUCGGCCGCGAUGAAGUACAUCGGUCUUGCAAUGGAAUUGACGUUCGCUCCGCAAACGUUGCGCAUCAAAUUCGAACCCUCUGAAGGGUCGACCAUGAUCGACCUCUCCACAAUGGCUUCGCUUGAACUGAUUCAGAACCUCCAGAACGACAAAUCUCGAGACUGCCUCCUGGGGUUAUUGAACCAAACACUGACACCAAUGGGUGCUCGAUUCCUCCGAAGCAAUGUCCUACAACCAUCAACAGAUGCGGAAAAGAUCGGAAAGAGGCAGCAAGCUCUUGGCGAGCUCACGUCCAAGGAGGACAUGUUCUUUGCAGUUCGAACCGUCAUGCAGCUUGCCAUCAUGUCGACAAGACAAGAUUUCCAUUAUAUGGAACAGUCAAUCAACAACGUUCUCAUGCUCAAGACGCUCGUGGAUGGGGUCAAACCGGUCUGGCAGGCUCUUGCUGGCGCAAACAGUGAGGAGCUGCAGAUGAUUCGCCAGCUCUGUGACCCCGGAAAUUACGUGCAAGUGGAGAAUCUGCUCGCACGUUGUCUCAAUGUUGAUGUGCGAUACUCAACCAAACCCCUUGAUUUGCGGAAUCAGAGAGUUUACGGCAUACAGGCUGGUGUCAACAGUUUCCUCGACGUCGCUCGUCAGGCAUACAAGGAGCUCAGCGAGGAUGUCAACGACAUGUUCGACCGCCUCAAAGGAGAGGUUGAGAUUUCCGUCGAGCUCAGAUACGACACCGACAGACAAUACUACCUCCGAUUUCCGGCCAGUGAGGUCAAGGACAAUUCUGUUCCUGAGACCUUUAUCAACACUUACAAGAAGCACAAAUACAUUGAAUGCCAGACACUGGACCUCAUAAAGAUGAACCAGAAGAUCAAGGACGCCCACAAUGAAGUCAUCUGCCUGUCCGACGCCACGGUGCAAGAGCUCAUCGACGAAGUCCGUGGCACAAUCCAUCCCCUCUUCAAAAUCAGCGAGUCCAUCGCCACGCUCGACAUGCUUGCGGGCUUCGCCCAACUCGUCACGACAUCCAUGCACGAGUAUGUCCAACCCGAAGUCCACACGGACUCGUUCAUGAUCAAAGCCGGCCGCCACCCGAUUCGCGAAAAGGCGCAAUACCAAUACGACCGAUUUGUGCCCAACGACGUGUACGCCACGCUGCAAAACCGCUUCCACAUCAUCACCGGAUGCAACAUGAGCGGCAAGUCGACCUACAUCCGCUCUGUGGCGCUGAUGGCUGUGAUGGCGCAGAUUGGCUGUUUCGUGCCCGCAGAGUACGCCUCCUUCCCCUUGUCACACGAGAUCUUUGCCCGCAUCUCGACAGACGACAACAUCGAGGCCAACGUCUCCACGUUUGCCUCUGAGAUGCGUGAAAUGGCAUUCAUCUUGCGCAACAUCUCUCCGCGCAGCAUGGUCAUCGUCGACGAAUUGGGGCGCGGCACCAGCACGACAGACGGAUUGGCCAUCGCGAUCGCCAUUGCUGAAGCACUGAUCGACUCCAAGGCCUAUGUCUGGUUCGUGACGCACUUUCGCGAUCUGCCGCGCAUCCUGGCCGACCGCGCCGGCGUGGCCAACCUGCACCUCUCGGCGGACAUCAGCGAGGACUACUCCAAGAUGACCAUGCGGUACAAGAUCGCCGACGGAUACGAGGAAGAGAAGUUCUACGGGCUGGCCCUCGCCAGAGCCAUCGGCCUUCCUGGCGACGUGAUCGACAUGGCCACGCGUGUCUCCGAGGCUCUGCACGAGCGGAACGAGGCGAGGAAGAGAAAUCCCCACGCCACCGCCCUGGCCAGGAAGAGGAAGCUCGUCCUCCAUGUCAAGGAGCGGCUAGGCCACGCGAGGGACGUCGCGGUCAAAGGCGAGGCCAGCGCAGACGCACUGAGGAAUUGGCUGCGCAGCUUGCAGGUCGAGUUUACCCUGCGCAUGAGAGCAAUCGACGUCGAAUCGGAACCGACAACGACCGUGACAGUGACCGAGGCCGAGACCGAGACUGGGGCGGUUCGUCGAGGACGGUCGAGUGGGUCGAAUGAGUCCAGCGAAGAAACCGAAUCCGAAAACGAGGAGACGAGGCAAACAACAGAUGAAAAAGUGACAGGAGGGCAACCUAAUGAUGUUCACGACGUGAACGGGGGCUAUUGA